AUGGCUAUUUCAGCAUUAGAUCAAUGGAAGAAAAGUUUGCCUGUGGAGGAUUUCCUGGAAAAGAAACCUAUCUCCUCUGUAGAGUUUCAGACUAGUAAUGAUUUAAUAGAAGUUAUUCCAAGUUCAAAUCCUCACUCUCAGACUUACACAGAAGAACCUUUUUUACUUACGAAAAAUAGUUUUAAGGAAGACUCCACCCAAGACAAAUAUCUGAAGAUUUACUAUGGCACUGAAUUUAAAGAACCACAGCAUGAUUUAUGUUUGGAAGAGGAGUUUGUUUUUAUUGAUAAUCUUGAACAUUUUCGUAAAAAAUUGCCAACUUUAUCUAUACUUCUGAGCAGACUACAGUUUUUUUUAGUGAAAGAUCCCCUUUUGGAUUUUAAAGGACAAUUUUUAACAGCAGAGAAUAUUUUCAGUAUUUUGAUUGCAGAGCCCUCUAGGGAAUUCUUAGAAUCUUUGGUAUGGCAAUCAGAGAAGUAUCGGGAUAAUACGAGCUCUCUUUUGCUUGUCGAGCAUCCUGCUGUUAACCUUGCACAUCAGCAUCAUUCACUGACAGAACUCCAGAAAAAGCUGCCACUUGAGGUUGAAGCACCAGUGCUUGGCUCACUAGAAGAGGGCUGGCGGCUUCAUAGGGGUUUAAAUCCAGCAGCUGUGGAAAUUUUGGAACAAUUCAGUAUGGAUGGAAGUAAUAUAAACAGUCUGCUCCCUACAGAAGUAGAAACGUUCACACAAUUUACAUCAUAUCAAUUAGAAAGAUGGCUUGAAGAGAAGAAUUCAGUGACAAACCAAGAGCUGCUUUCUGCUGAAAGACAUCAGUCAGAGAAAGUAGACUUGUCACUGCAGAUUCAAAGGCAGAACUUUGCCAUGAGUGCUCCGCCAUCUGCCAAAAUUCACAGUACAAAUACAUCUGUGGAAGAGCUUACUGGAGGAAGCAUAAGCAAGAUUAAGACAGAAGAAGCAAUUUGCUUCUUAAACCAAGAAAAGAAAACUCUCAAACUAUCUGAAUCGGACAGCUGUACAGUUGUGUCUUCUAAACUAGACAACUCAUCCUGUAGUGGAAAGCCUGCAUCACUUGUACUUGCUUCUAAAUGGGCCAACGAUGAUUCUGAUCUGAACAACUUUAUUAUGAUGAGAUCUAAAUAUACAGUCACCCAAAGAGAGGAAAAGUAUUAUGUAGAUAGACCUGAAAAAGAAAGCCAAUGCCAGGCCUACUGCCUCUUGGAAGAAGCAGCCAUUCCUGUUUUAAAAGAUUUGACACAUCUGGGUGUACUUGCUUCCGUUAAUUGGAGCUUUGAGAGUGUUAAAUUUGAUCAUACAAGGUUUUUCUUAAAACAGCAAGAGAAAGUGAUAUGUGAUCAUUUCAAACAAAGUCAGAUAGAUGAGAAGGAGAUCAUGCUGUUCAGACACGCUGCUCUGGUACACCUGCUGGUGACAGUUCGAGAUCUGCUACUAACAUGUGGCUUGGACGCAGCUCUAGGUUAUUUGUCCAAGGCAAAGGAUGUCUAUAAAAACAUUUUAGAAUCCUGUUUGAAUAAUAUCUGGAGGCAGCUGAAGAUUGUACAGUACAGCAGCCAGAAAAAGCAUGAAACACAUCCCAAAAUAACAGCACUUCAGUGUGAAAUAUUAAAUUGGAUGAAAAGUUAUGGAGAGAGCCACAGUGUUAAGAUAUUAAUAAUUACAAGGAUGGACUCUGAAAGAGAAAAAGCUGCCUUCAUUCAACCAUUAUCUAGGAUAGAUGGUUUGAAAGCUGUGGAUUUGAAUUCUGAGAAAAAACAAACCCCUUUAAGUUGUAAAGAGAUCAUAAGCAAUCUUAGUAGAUAUUCCUGCAUUAUUGUACAUAAUCAGCAAAUUGGAGCUGACUUCCCUUGGAUGCACUUCUCACUAGUAAUGGAAUACAAUUAUUCUGAAAAUUCUGGCUGGAAAAAUCUGUGUGAAAAUCUGAAUGUCACUUACAUGACUUUUAAAACCACUCUCCCUGAGACAAUGCAAAUGGGGAAUCAUGGUUGUUCCUUUCUUCUGGAAGUACAGAUUCCAUAUGUAUUUCUGACAACUGAAGGUCUUCUUAAUAUGCCAGAUGUUCUUCAACUUUUUGAAUCCAGAUAUGGCAUUACCUUUGUUGAAAGAAACAGUGGUUACUCCUUAAGACUCUUUGGAAGUACAGAUCGAUAUGUUGUGCUGACAAUAGAUGAAUGUACUGCUAUCUUUCUGCAGAGUGUGGAAGAACUAAAUUAUGAGGACUCCUGUGACACUAUAAUAUCAAGGCUGAUGGCAUUAUCACUCCAAUAUAUGUGCUGUUGGAUUAUUUUCUAUUCCAGAGAAAGACUGAGCUUAGAGUACAGUCUCAAGGGAAAUACUCUGCUUAACCUUGUCUUAAUUUAUGCCACUCUAAUUGAACUUACACAGAAGUCAGAAGACUUCGAUGUGAAGGUAGUUCUUACACCAGGGAUUGAAGAGACAGCGCUGGUAAUUCGUCAGAUUGCUGACAACAUUUUGAUGGCCUCUAAUAUCAGUCCUCAUGAGUGGCUGGACAAAUCCUGGCUUUCUGUCUUGCCAUCUGAGCCAGAGAAAUGCCUGCUUACUUUUCCAUGUAUCAAUCCUUUGGUUGCUCAGUUUAUGUUAAAGAAGGGAUCUUCACUGAACAGGUUAUUUCUUGCAAGCUUUGAUCAACUCCAGGAACUUCUGCCACAGGUUCCAAAAAAAGUUUUAAAGCAUUUCAGUGACAUAUCUUCAUACAGCCUAAAUACUGCUGCUCUAGAAAAAACAGUGAAAGGUGCAUCACACCCAGAAAACCAGAAUAACUUCAACACAUUGUAUCCUGAUAAUAAACAACAUUGUCAGAUUUUAGAGCUGCUUGAUAAGGUGCAAAACAGCACAGACUCUGAAAAGGAGGAUUUCUUUGCAACUUUCAGUGAUUGUGAACCUCAAGAGAGCUCUAAGAGUUUUCUAGAUGAAUUUAGAGACACAACAUUUAAAAGCCCAGAAAUUCAGAUUGACCAGCCCCUGUGGAAUGAUUCUUCAUCCACAGGCCCACAUUCAGGAUUUCCAGAAGUACAGGAGUUCAAAAAAAGAAGACUGAUAUAUGAAAGAAUCCCUGGAAGAAGAGAUGGACAAACACGUCUUAAAUUCUUUUGAACAGAAUGAGGAUUUGCAUAUUACAAACAUUUUUCUUUUUUCAUUCUUGAACUCUUUUAAGGGAAAUUAAUAAAUUAUUGUUGUUAGUUUUUAGAAAGUAA